UAGUAAAACAUAGAUUCAUUACCCCCACUUUAGUUUUCUCACUUUUUUGACAAAAUGGAGAAAAAUUGGAAUAGAGAGAGAGCAAACCAAUCAAUCAAAUAUAGAGAGGAAGAGCUGUAAUAAAAAAAAAAAAAAAAGAGAGAGAGAGAGAGAAAUAAAGUAUCCAACAAGAAUUAGAAUUGAGUCAUAAAAGAGUAUAGUAUCAUCAUCAAUAUUUGAUGAAGUAGCCAAGCCAAUCCAAAUCCAAGCCAAGCCAAAACCAAAGCUUUUCAAUCAUGGAGGAGGAGAAGAAGAAAGAGGACGGACCCAUCUUCUUCAUUUUUAUCUGUUUCUUAUCUCAAAAUCUCAUCCUCUCCUAAACCCCUUCAUUAGUCCACACACAAAGAGGAACCCACUUUUCUUUUUGGGUCCUCCCCAUCCCCACACACAGACAUGGCAGACCAAAACAACAACAACAACAACAACAACAAGCAUCACCCAUUACUUCCUUCUCCUGCAACUUCUUCAUCUCCAUUAACAACACCUCCAUUACCUACACCUUCUUCAGAUAUCAAAGACUUCACUCUCAUUAUUUCAAACAAAGAUCAAAACAACAGCAACAGCAACAGCAACAACAACAACAAACAAUUGGCUCCUAAACGUACCUCUAAUAAAGACCGUCAUAAAAAAGUCGAUGGCCGUGGUCGUAGAAUCCGUAUGCCUGCUCUUUGUGCUGCUCGUGUCUUUCAAUUAACUCGUGAAUUGGGUCAUAAAACUGAUGGGGAGACCAUUCAAUGGCUUCUUCAACAAGCUGAGCCUUCUAUUAUUGCUGCCACUGGCUCCGGUACUAUCCCCGCUUCUGCUCUUCAUGCUGCUGGUGUUUCCCUUUCCGAUCAUGACUCCUCUGUUUCUGUCUCUGCUUCUUUAACCCCUAAAAUCGAAGCGGUUCCCAGGACCAAUUGGGCGAUGAUGGGUGCUAAUUUGAGUAGAUCUCACAUGGCCACCCCGGGGUUUUGGCCCUCUUUAGGUGGGAUUGGGACUGGAUUUGUUAGUGAGAAUCCGGGGUCGAUUAUGCCCAAGUUUGGGUUUCAUGGGUUUGAAUUUCAGGGGAUGAAUUUGGGAUCGGUGAAUUUUCCGGGCAUGAUUGGGAAUCAACAUCAACAAAUACCUGGGUUGGAGUUAGGGCUUUCGCAGGAUGGGAAUAAUUUGAGAGGGAUGUUGAAUCCGCCUUCGUUUUCGCAAAUUUAUCAUCAAAUUGGCCAAAAUCGUGAGUCCUCUGCACCCCCAUUGGAGCAGGAUCAAGCUCCUGAGAAAGAUGAUUCUCAAGAAUCGAGAUAAAGGAUGACGACGAUGAUGAUGAUGAACGAAGGAUUUGAUGAUUUGGGUUUUCCAAAUGGAAACUCUUUUCGGAUUUCUAGGUCUAAAAUUAGGACUAAAGAAGGGCAAAAUGAAGAAGACGAAGAUUCAAAGAUUGGUUCAUAAUUUUCAGUGUGUGUGUUUGAUUCUUCAAAUUCAAGGUGGGAAGUUUUGAGGAGAAGAUCAGUGGUUUAAUUGCAAGAUUGAAUUUGACUUUCAUUUCUUCAAUUUUGAGCUUCAUUCUGUCUUCUACUUUGGCUACUCUCCAUCAAAGUGUAAAGUUGAGGGAAUGGAAAAUGAAUUGUGGUUUCUUUUUCUUUGAGUCUUUCCUUAAACCUUGUGAAAUUUGCUUACAUGUUGAUGCUACAGACACGUUCAUCGCCUCCGGUCCACAGCUGAUCACGCCGAUUUCAGUUCCCUCGUCUUCGUGUUUGAUAUUUGAAAAUAUCUCUGUUCAAUCCCAAACAAAUUACAACCAUAUAUUGUUUUGGAUAUGCAAAUUCCCAAUGUGCUUAAAAUGAGUUUUUAUAAGAGAUACCAUCCAUACCUUUGAAGUUAGGCCUUCCUCCGUAGUAUAUUUCAUGUUCUUCCUGUCUACUUCCUCUUACUACUGAACUUGGAAUUGCAUUUUGUGUUCCGGUUUUGGUUUGGAUGAGUGCUAGAUUUUCUUUCUUCAAUCUUCGCCAUCUUAAAACAAUCCCAACGACUGCACCAGAUAAGAUAGCUAAAGUAAAGGAAGACAUCAGAAGUAGAUCUGAGAUCCAAGAUGGAGUUCUAUCUUUCGUCUUUUUAGAGGCUGUCUUGGUUGGAAUGACAAUAUGGUUGAAGAUGAUCAAGGUGAUGAGGAACACGAUAGAUGUUAAUCCAGUAAUUGCAGCCAUCCAGUUGAAGCUUUCAAGUCCUUGUGCUGCAUAGCUUGAACAUUUAGUGCUUGAUUGUAUGGUUUGCAUUUGAGAGAACUUGUUUAGCAAUUCUACAACAGUUGCACCAGACUGUACUUCUUGUGUCACAAAUACUUUAAGCUGCAAAUUCAUUUUCUUGUUCGAAUGGUUCAGUAGUAAAGGUAAGAUCGAGUUGAGUAGCGAAAUGUCUUGGGAGUUCUUCAUGACAUGUAUAAGUUGUAUUCUUGCAGGGCAUUUGAAUCGACUACUGUUUUGCAUAGAA